CAUGGUGUCAAUUUCAAGCCUUCAACCGAGAUCACGGGAAGCUAAGAGGAGCUCAGAAGUCCUGGACACAUAUUGCCUCUUCUUUGCCAUCUUCGUCUGCUAGAUUUGACUUCAAUUUUACAUCCUUGAGGGCAUCUCGAGGAGAGAACCAGCAAACAUGGACAGAACACUGUUGUUGCUUUUCAUCCGAAUUUUCCUGGGUGUGGCGGAAUCUGACGGGCCUCUGACAGAUUUAGAACCUAUUGCCGGGAAGCUGGUUUUCUAUCAAAUGGAUGGUAACGCCACCUAUGUGAGAGACAAAGGAGAGCUGGCGUCAGACAUUCCCACCGAGACCAUGUUCGAACUUUCCGAUCCCCAUCAGAAUUUCAGCACGGCAAACUUCAGCUUCAUGUGGGAUUUAGGGAACGGAGAGGUAAUCCAGGGGAAUGAGCCUGUUGUUCGCUACCACUACGCUUUGUCUGGAAACUACACACUCCGAUUGAAAAUUGGAAUCAAUAUGACUAAAUACACGCCUGCAUUAACUGGAAUCUACUCCAAGGAUAUUCAAGUGCUUGAUGCCAUUAAAAGCAUUGAGUUGAAGGGGCCUUCUAAUUACGAGGUGUCUCAAACCACCGGCCUUGCUUUCCACGUGGAUGGAAGUCCCCCCAUGUGGGUGUGUUGGAGCUUCCUUCCCCACUGCGUGCCCGACACGACGGGGGGCUGCAUGCUGACUGUGCUGUACGAGAACACCUUGUGGCUCAAUCACACUUUCACCUCCACCGGGGUUCACUGCCUGAACAUUAGCAUCCGCAAUGACAUCAGCAAGCUGCAGACCUCCUUCAGUCUCAUGGUCAGGAAGAACAACAACAUGCUCUUCAUCCUGUCCUCUGCUGCAAUACUUGUUGCAACCUUCUCUUUCAUCACAGUCAUCGCCUGUCACCCUCGAUAUCACAAAAGAGCUCUGAUUGCAGAAUCCAACAACGCUUUGUUCCUGAAGAGGCAUACGGAUGGCCGCAGCAGAAUUGUUUUCCACGUGUCUAGUGUUAAAAGGGAAGAGAAUGAGCCACUGUGGGCACAGAAUGGCACACACUAUUACUCAUAACUCAACUAUGAGUGCUUCGAUGGAGCUACUGGAGAAAUAUCGUUGCUUGUUUGGUAUACUGUAGUUUGGAGAAAAAAAAUGUAAACGCUGUACUUAGAGAAACAGUAAGCAAGUUCGUACUGUCCUACUGUGCCACUAGGUCGUAUUCCUGCGAUGCUCUCUGCUGUUUGAAUGAAUUAUUUAGUUACCCAUGUAUGUUCACAAGGCUAGCAGGUCAUAAACCACGUGUAUAUUACAUUGUGUCAGGACAAUCAAUUAGUGACCCACUGGCGCUCAAGCUAAACCCCUCAUGAAUUAUUAACUUUAAUAAAGGUCAUUUCAUUUUCAAUGUUA